UAGUCAAGUGGUGUAGGUGUUGAACUGUGUUUUGUCGUUACAGUUAAAAUAAUAAUAAUAUAAUAGUAAUAAAAAAUGCAGUUAACAUUAAUUACAGCUGGCGUGUUUUGGUGUACUGUUGUUGAAAUAGCUAAUGCAGGAGAAUGUGAAGUAUGCAUUGGAUUUUUGGGUAGGUUUUACCAAACAUUGAAAGCCAAGCCUGCAGACUUCACACCAGCCGUUGUAGAAAAGGAGCUGAUUUUAGCAUGCAGGGAUGCCAAGGGAAAAGAAAACAGACUGUGUUAUUAUUUGGGAGCAACAAGUGAUGCAGCUACAAAGAUGACCAGUGAAGUGACCCGUCCAAUGAGCUACCAUGUGCCUGUACAAAAAAUCUGUGAAAAACUACAAAAGAAAGACAAUCAGAUAUGUGAACUGAGAUAUGAAACGCAGCCAUUGGAUUUCAGCUCAGCUGGCCUGUCUAAACUGAGGGUAGCAGAGCUGAAGAGCAUUUUGGACUCCUGGGAAGAGGUGUGCAAAGCAUGCAUUGAGAAACAAGACUUUGUAAAUCUGAUUCAAGAGCUUGCUCCGAAGUACACCACCAGGGGACACAGCUUCCAGUCAGACCUGUGAGCAGUGCUGAGCACUUUACAACCGAGUCUGUCGUAACCUGAAAGACUCUCAUAUCUUUAUUUAAACACAGUGAACUCCAGCUGGAUGAGAGUGUGGUCUUUCUUAAUGUCAUGCGUCAAGCAAGGUUGACAAUGUUUACUAUAUUUUAAAAAUGAUCACAUUUUGACAGCCAUGAUUGUCUUAUUUUAGUUACAGUGGUAAUUCACACAACUCAGGUAUGUCAUCUUUCAUUUAACUAGUAAACUCUGUCACGAGUAAAUACAAUUUAAAAAACACAGGGGUAAGAGAUGUACAGUAUAGCAAAUGUAUUAAGAUCCACCAUUUUCAGCUCCUCCUGUCUUAUUCUAUGUAAUUUUCUGUCAGUACAUAUUUAAAUAUUGUCUGACAAAUUGCAGUUUGUUCAGAUUUGUGAAUUUUGACUCCAAGGCUAAAACACCUUCUGUAAACUAUGUAAUGCAUUUCUGCUUUGUGUAUUGCUGAUAUUCAAUAAGUAAUGCAGACAGUUUUAACAAUUGGUAUUUUAAUGAAAACAAUGAAUUACUGUAUAUAAGACAUAUUGCACGUACCUUUCUCCCAAGUAACUACAGUACUUAAUGCCGGUGUAUCAUAAUAACAAACUACAGUACAACACUAGAGGGAGCUAUACACAGAUUUAACAUACAUUUCUUUUGUAAAAUAAAGAUGAAAAAGUCUCUAAAAAGUUAUAUACAACACUAAUAAGAAUGGUGAUUUUAUUACGCUUUCUAUGAAAAAGUAUUUAUACUGCACUAAAGAUUUGAAUUUGAAUGAAUCUACCUAACAAGCAACCAGUAUUGCAAGUUUCUGUAAUGACAGGGAAAAGCAUGCAAGCUGAAACCUGACCAUUGUCUCGGUAACUGAUAUGGACCUAUUUCAUUUUCAAGAUUGGCAUGGGUGCAUGGUAAUGUAAACUGACCUUCCAUAUUGUGUGUUUUACCAGCCUAUCUGAUUUAAAAUUCAUAUAAUACAACAGGACGGAUUAGGUGCAUUGUACCCUUGGUAUUAAAUAGAUAAUAUGGAAUCUGACCCUGUGUGUCUUUUCACAUAGCGAUACUGCUAAUUCAGUUUGACAAAUCAGGAAAAGUCAGAAGACAUUUGAAUAACCUACUAAAAAAUAUGUGGAAGCCCACCAGUCUGCAGUACUAAAAGAUAAAGUAUAUACAAAAAUGUUGCUCUAUACAUGUGAUUAGAUUCCCAAUAGUUUAAACAUAAUUUUGCAUGGUAUGAUGAACAGUAAUCGCUCUUGGUGCAUUUCACACUGAUAUUUUGUAAAGAAAAAAAA